AUCAUGCCGUAUCUGAUCCACAAAAGCCGACCGCACCACAUCCGAACCUGCCCCUGUCCACAAAGGGUCCAUUUGACAUGCCUGACAAGCUACACCAAGAAAGAAAUAGACUGCGAGUUGUGCGGCUACAUUUAUCGGCCCCCUUUACGCCUGUUGAUGAGCCGAUCAGUCUGCCUGAUGACGCAUGUGCUCAGUCUUGUAUCGGUCGUGGGUCUGAUUUUUGGGCUUGCCCAGCUAGGAUCUGCCUUGGAUAAGCUGGGGCUAGGGAACGAAGCAGGCUCCAAGUUGGAUGGCGACGAGACAUGGCAAGAUCAUGAGUUGCAGCAGAUCAUGGAAUGGUUACAGCUAGUCCAUUAUGCGACGGGUGCGGCGGGAGAAGCUCUCCUGGGC